AUGACAAUAUAUCAACUUUUGGUACUGUUUCCACUCUGGAUCUGCCUGCCACAUUUCUGUUCUCCAGAGAUAAUGUUCAGAAGGACUCCCACACCCCAGAAAAGAAUUUUAGGUGCACGAGUACCUAGGAGUGAUGGCAAAAUUCUGCAUCGUCAAAAACGUGGUUGGAUGUGGAAUCAGUUUUUCUUACUGGAAGAAUAUACAGGAUCUGAUUAUCAAUACGUGGGCAAGCUUCAUUCAGACCAAGAUAAAGGAGAUGGAUCACUCAAAUAUAUUUUAUCUGGAGAUGGAGCAGGUACUCUUUUUAUUAUUGAUGAAAAAACAGGUGACAUUCAUGCCACAAGAAGAAUUGAUAGGGAAGAAAAGGCGUUUUAUACUCUGCGUGCACAAGCUAUUAACAGAAGAACUCUGAGACCAGUAGAACCAGAGUCUGAGUUUGUGAUCAAAAUCCAUGAUAUCAAUGACAAUGAGCCAACGUUCCCAGAAGAAAUUUAUACAGCUAGUGUUCCAGAAAUGUCUGUUGUAGGUACUUCUGUGGUGCAAGUCACAGCUACAGAUGCCGAUGACCCUUCCUAUGGGAACAGCGCCAGAGUUAUUUACAGCAUACUUCAAGGGCAGCCAUAUUUCUCUGUGGAGCCUGAAACAGGUAUCAUCAGGACUGCUUUGCCCAACAUGAACAGAGAAAACAGGGAGCAAUAUCAAGUGGUAAUCCAGGCCAAAGAUAUGGGCGGCCAGAUGGGAGGCUUAUCGGGGACCACCACGGUGAACAUCACACUGACAGAUGUAAAUGACAAUCCACCUCGCUUCGCCCAGAACACCAUUCACCUUCGAGUUCUUGAGUCUUCCCCAAUUGGCACAGCCAUUGGGAGCGUAAAAGCAACUGACGCUGACACUGGGAAAAAUGCAGAAGUAGAAUACCGAAUUAUUGACGGUGAUGGGACUGAUAUGUUUGACAUCAUAACUGAGAAGGACACACAGGAAGGCAUCAUAACUGUGAAAAAGCCACUUGACUAUGAGAGCCGAAGACUUUACACUCUGAAGGUUGAAGCAGAAAAUACCCAUGUGGAUCCACGUUUUUAUUACCUGGGACCAUUUAAAGAUACAACAAUUGUAAAAAUCUCUGUAGAAGAUGUGGAUGAACCUCCUAUUUUUAGCAGAUCCUCCUACCUGUUUGAAGUUCAUGAAGAUAUUGAAGUGGGGACGAUCAUUGGUACUGUGAUGGCAAGGGACCCAGAUUCUACUUCUAGCCCCAUCAGAUUUUCCUUGGAUCGCCACACUGACCUUGACAGGAUUUUUAACAUACAUUCUGGAAACGGAUCCCUUUAUACAUCAAAGCCACUUGACCGUGAACUAUCUCAAUGGCACAAUCUUACUGUUAUAGCUGCUGAAAUCAACAAUCCCAAAGAGAUGACUCGCGUGGCUGUUUUUGUGAGGAUUUUGGAUGUUAACGACAAUGCCCCACAAUUUGCUGUGUUCUAUGAUACUUUUGUAUGUGAAAACGCGAGACCAGGGCAGCUAAUACAGACUAUAAGCGCAGUAGACAAAGAUGACCCCUUAGGUGGACAGAAAUUUUUCUUCAGUUUAGCUGCUGUCAAUCCAAACUUCACAGUACAGGAUAAUGAAGAUAAUACUGCCCGAAUUUUAACCAGAAAAAAUGGAUUCAAUAGACACGAAAUAAGUACCUAUCUCUUGCCUGUGGUGAUAUCAGACAAUGAUUACCCGAUUCAGAGCAGCACGGGUACUUUGAGCAUCCGAGUGUGCACCUGUGACAGCCAAGGCAACAUGCAAUCCUGCAGCGCCGAAGCCUUGCUCCUCCCCGCGGGCCUCAGCACGGGAGCGCUCAUCGCCAUCCUCCUCUGCAUCAUUAUUCUACUGGUCAUAGUAGUACUGUUUGCAGCCCUGAAAAGGCAGCGAAAGAAAGAGCCUCUGAUCUUGUCUAAAGAAGACAUCAGAGACAACAUUGUGAGCUAUAACGAUGAAGGUGGUGGCGAGGAAGACACUCAGGCGUUUGACAUCGGCACCCUGAGGAACCCCGCAGCGAUCGAGGAGAAGAAGCUCCGACGAGAUAUUAUUCCGGAAACUUUAUUUAUACCUCGGAGGACUCCCACGGCUCCAGAUAACACGGAUGUCCGAGAUUUCAUUAAUGAAAGGCUCAAAGAGCAUGAUCUCGACCCCACCGCGCCUCCCUACGACUCACUUGCAACUUACGCCUACGAAGGAAAUGAUUCCAUUGCAGAAUCUCUGAGCUCCUUAGAAUCAGGUACUACUGAUGGAGACCAAAACUACGAUUACCUCCGAGAAUGGGGCCCUCGGUUUAAUAAGCUGGCGGAAAUGUACGGUGGCGGGGAAAGUGACAAAGACUCUUAA